UAUUUUUAUUUUUUAUAUAUUUUUUUUUUAAAAAAAAAAGAAAAAAGAAAAAUGGUUACUCAAUUUUUUUCGAAAUUAAGUCAAAAUUACAUUGAAUUAUUAAAAGAUGAUGAAUACUAUGAUAUCACUAUUGAAGUUGGUGAAGAUCCUAACGUAAAAAUAUUUCGUGCUCAUAUGAAUAUUUUGUGUUACCGUUCUCCAUAUUUACGACGAAUAUUAAAGUCUAACAAAAAGAACAAUGAUAACGGUUUAGUCCAUAUUAAAUUAUCAAAUACAUCACCGGAAACCUUUCAAAUUAUAUUAGAGUAAGUUAAAUAUUAUGAUAUGCAUAAUUUUAAUAAUCAAAUUAUAACUUUAUUUUUAUAAUAGGUAUAUUUAUGGUGGUAUUCUUUCAUUGGAUAAAAAAGACACAUCAGACCUUGAAGUUUUGGCUACUGCAGAUAAGCUUAAU